GACGAGUAAAACAAGUGUUCAAAGUUCACAACGACGCGAAGUUAUAAAAUUAUCACCUACUAGUAAUCUGUGAUUAUCACUGCUUGGUGAUAACAUAAGUGGACAGUCGGCAUUUCGUUGCAGCCAAAUUUUUUAUUCAAAAUGACUUCCCUACGUACGGUCACAAGAGUUUUAUUUGGAAAGAAUAUUAUAUCAAACAAUGGAGUUUUAGCAGCAGCAAACACAAAGUUUAUGAAACUCUACAGUACCGCACCUCAAUAUGAAAACAUCAAGAUAGAAGUUGUAGGCAGCAAGAAGAAUGUAGGUCUGAUCCAGCUAUACCGUCCCAAAGCCCUCAAUGCCCUAUGCAACCCCCUGUUCAAGGAACUAGGGAAGGCAGUUAAGGACUUUGAUGCCGAUGACAGCAUUGCCGCUAUUAUAAUCACAGGAAAUGAGAAGGCAUUUGCUGCUGGUGCGGACAUCAAGGAGAUGCAAAACAACACAUACACUCACAAUCAAAAGGCGGGCUUCUUGCAAGAGUGGGAAGAUGUGUCCAACUGUGGCAAGCCCAUUAUUGCUGCCGUCAAUGGGUUUGCUCUUGGCGGCGGCUGCGAGCUAGCCAUGCUCUGCGACAUCAUCUACGCGGGCGAGAAGGCCAAGUUCGGCCAGCCGGAGAUCAACAUCGGCACGAUUCCCGGCGCGGGCGGCACCCAGCGCCUGCCGCGGUACGUCGGCAAGUCCAAGGCCAUGGAGAUCGUGCUCACGGGCAACUUCAUUGACGCCCAUGAAGCGGAGAAGAUGGGACUUGUAAGCCGAGUUUUCCCUGUUGAGAAGCUUCUAGAAGAGACUAUCAAAUUGGCCGAGAAGAUCGGCACUCACUCGCCACUGAUCGUCAAGAUGGCCAAGCAGGCGGUCAAUCAAGCGUACGAAACCACACUUAAGUCUGGACUCCAAUAUGAGAAGUCGAUAUUCUAUGGCACCUUCGCUACUGAAGACAGGAAAGAAGGCAUGACAGCAUUCGUUGAGAAGAGAGCCCCCAACUACAAGAAUGAAUAAAUU